GGAUGGAUAUGAGCAUCCCUAGAAAGUAGUUCCAUGCAGUGAGGAAAUAGCAGGGUAGAUCACCUUGAAGCUGGUCUCAGACUGCCAGCAGUCGCAUCGCAGCAGACAUCCUCUACCAGAGUUCAGUACUUGUCCAACUGUAAAAGGGAUCGCCAUGCCUCUGCCAAAAGACAUGGGCUCUGCCUUCAUCCAGACACAGCAGCUCAACGCUGCCAUGGCCGACACCUUCCUGGAACACAUGUGCCUGUUGGACAUCGACUCCGAACCCACCACAGCCCGCAACACUGGCAUCAUCUGUACCAUCGGACCAGCAUCCCGAUCUGUAGAUAUGCUAAAGGAGAUGAUCAAGUCAGGAAUGAACAUUGCUCGUUUGAACUUUUCCCAUGGUACACAUGAGUACCACGCAGGCACUAUCAAGAAUGUGCGGGAGGCGUGUGAGAGCUUCGAGCCAGGCAGUAUCCAUUACAGACCCAUCGGUGUUGCCCUGGACACCAAGGGCCCCGAGAUCAGGACCGGCCUUAUUAAAGGAAGUGGCACAGCUGAGGUUGAGCUGAAGAAGGGCAACAUGAUCAAGGUUACCUUAGACGAUGCCUACCAGGACAACUGCAGUGAUGAGGUCCUCUGGCUGGACUAUAAGAACAUCACCAAAGUGGUGGAAGUUGGCAGCAAGGUCUACAUCGACGAUGGGCUCAUCUCUCUGCAGGUCAAGGAGAUUGGCAGUGAUUACCUCAUGUGUGAGAUUGAAAACGGAGGCACUCUGGGCAGCAAGAAGGGGGUGAACCUUCCUGGCGCUGCCGUCGACUUGCCCGCCGUUUCAGAGAAAGACAUCAAGGAUCUGCAGUUUGGUGUGGAGCAGGGAGUCGACAUGGUGUUUGCCUCGUUCAUCCGCAAAGCAGAUGAUGUACAUGCUGUCAGAGCUGUGCUUGGAGAGAGGGGCAAAAACAUCAAGAUCAUCAGCAAACUGGAGAACCAUGAGGGUGUACGCAGAUUUGAUGAGAUCAUGGAGGCUAGCGAUGGCAUCAUGGUUGCACGUGGUGACCUGGGUAUUGAGAUCCCCACAGAAAAGGUCUUUUUAGCUCAAAAGAUGAUGAUCGGUCGCUGCAACAGAGCUGGCAAGCCCAUCACAUGCGCAACUCAGAUGUUGGAGAGCAUGAUCAAGAAGCCUAGACCGACCCGCGCUGAGGGCAGCGACGUUGCCAACGCCGUCCUGGACGGAGCCGAUUGUAUCAUGCUGAGCGGAGAGACUGCCAAGGGAGAUUACCCCAUCGAGGCAGUGCGCACACAGCACAUGAUAGCACGAGAGGCAGAAGCAGCCACCUUCCACAGACAGCUGUUUGAGGAGCUGAGGAGAAGUUCCCGCCUGACCAGAGACCCCUCAGAGGCUGUAGCAGUCGGAGCUGUUGAAGCAUCCUUCAAAUGCUGUGCUAGUGCCAUCAUUAUUCUCACUAAGACUGGAAGGUCUGCUCACCUGCUCUCCAGGUACAGGCCUCGUGCUCCCAUCCUCGCUGUGACCCGUAACGCCCAGACGGCUCGUCAGGCCCAUCUGUACCGCGGGAUCUUCCCUGUCCUCUACACCAACCCCCCUCACGAUGUGUGGGCAGAGGAUGUUGACAUGCGCGUCAACUUCGCAAUGGAAAUGGGCAAGGCCAGAGGAUUCUUCAAAGACGGUGACGUUGUCAUCAUCCUGACUGGCUGGCGUCCCGGCUCCGGUUACACCAACACCAUGCGUGUGGUCCUGGUGGCUUGAGCAGCCAACGCAGCUGCACUGCACUGACCCUUCACGUUUAUCUGUCUUUCAUUUUCACCAUCCCAAUGCCUCACCCCUAUAAACACUCAGAUGUUUAGUUUUUAGGUUCUCAUGCAAAUAAUUAAUCAGAAGACGACCCUUAUGACCGAGCAGCUGCUUGGGUGGGAGCAGUUUUCUUCCAGACAAUUCCAAAUAAUGUUAUCAUUCCUUGAACAGAUUUAUCUUUUUUUGUCAAACCUUUUGUCAGGACUACAGAUUAUUACACCCCAAGCAAAAACAGCUAUAUUUAUUCACUCCGACACUUGUAAUAUUAAAUAUGAAAGCCUAUGAGUGGAAGCAUCGGUGUGUGUGUGUGUGCAUGCAUGUCUGCCUCCUGUUUGGGUGUUGAUGGUUUGGAGCCGACUAAUCUUAAAGAGCCUUGUUGAACUGUAAAGAACAAACUAAUGGCAAACAAAGGUCUCGACUCCAUGACUCCCCUAAACAGACGUUUGUGUAGUGCUCUCAGUAUGAAGUGUCCUCUCUUAUAAACCAGCUUUGUUUCAGUGUAUCUGUUAGUGUUGCACUCCUUACCUUCUCCAGACACUGUUACAUUCUAAAUUGUACUUGACUUUUGUGAAAGGUAAACUUCUUUAUUUUGUUGUUGUUUUUGGGACAUUCAAUUCUGCUUAUAUUUUUUCUGACGAGAGAGAUAAAAAGUUUUGAGUGUCCAAUCCAGAGGAGUUAAUGUUCUGUGUUGUUAGAUGUGUCACAAAGCCUUUACAUUUCUUUGCAUUCAGAUAAUAUCCGAGGGGGAAAAUUGUAAACAUUUGAUUUGGAUCAAGAGAUCAGAACUCAUGUUUCAGAGCUCUCUCAUCGUCUUCUCUGUUGGUGAUCCACUGUAGCUGUCCUGCUCCUCUAACAUGCUUUUGAUUGUAAUGCUAGAGACUAAGAACUAACUAUGUAAAGGGGGAUUAUGAUGUUUAGCUGGUGUAGUGAGAUGUCUCAUAAGACCGAAGUUCUAUCAAUAAAGUGAGCACCUAUCAGAA